AAUAUUAAAAAAUGUGCAUUACCAUUUUCAAGAUGGACGACUAACAACUGUCAAUUACCAAACGUCAAACUUCUUCGUGUACACCCAAAAAUAAACAAACAGUUCAAGCUUAUUUCAUCAUUCUAAUUAUUAAUUAUCAUUAAUCUAUUACCUCUUACAAUGGAGCAAUACAAAUCCCUAAAUUCCGACCUACUAAUGAGACUAGAUACAACAGAAUGUUCAAAAAACACAGACUCAAACGAGUCUCAACAAGUGCCCGUAUGUGAACCAACAAAAUUGAUAAACGAUAAAGAUAAAUUAAAAAAUGCUCAAGACCUAGCGCCCCCUUACGGGACUCCUGUGCCUAAACAUAUACUGAGACGUGCCGGGGAUUAUUUGCUGGGCCCCAAACUUGGAUCGAGCCCUGUUAAAAGUAUUGUGCAGUGCUUGGCGAGGAAGGAUAAUACUGAUAAAUUUUAUUUAAUAAAAAUUCUGAUGAUGGCUGAUAAUAUUGUGGAAGAAAAUCAAGACGACAGGCAAGGCAAGAUGCUUUUGCACACAGAAUAUUCUUUAUUGUCUUUGUUAUCGAAUCAAGAAGGUGUUGUGCAUCAUCAUGGUUUAUUCAAGGAUACAACACCCGAAGAAAUCCUACAUCCUACUCUCGGACCAAUUUAUUCAGGGAAAAUGAAAACAAGACUGUGUUUAGUAUUAGACUGUAUUAGUCCACAUGAUUUUUGUGAAAAAUCAGCAGCCUUAGUAAAUCUUCAGCAUUAUGUGAUUCGAGAGAAAAAAUUGUCUGAACGUGCGGCCGUUGCUAUAUUUUAUAAUGUUAUAUGCGUAGUUGAAAGUUUACACAAGAAAAAUAUAGUACACCGUGACCUAAAAUUAGGCAAUUUAGUUUUAAACCGUAGAACAAACAAAGUCACAAUAACAAAUUUCUGCCUAGGAAAACAUUUAUCAAGAGAAAGUGACUUGUUAAAUGAUCAAAGAGGUUCACCAGCAUACAUAUCUCCAGAUGUCCUAUGUGGACAUCCAUAUCAUGGCAAACCCUCCGAUAUGUGGGCCUUGGGUGUAGUUUUAUACACGAUGCUCUAUGGCCAAUUUCCAUUCUAUGAUUCUUCACCUACAGUAUUAUUUUCAAAGAUAAAGUCAGCUGACUAUAUUUUACCAGUGGAUGGUAGGGUAUCGAACAGUACCCUAAUACUAAUAAGACAAUUACUAGUGCUGGAUCCAGAUAGAAGAUACACUGCCACAAAAGUACGAGGUGCUCUUGAAAGUAUUAUUUUUUCAAACAGAGGACCAAAUAGUGAUAUUGAUAUGCAAAUUGUACCAGAUAUUGAUGAUAAUGACACGAAGGAAAAACCCAAAAAGGUGACUUAA